UAUUCUGCAGCCAAUCGACACGCUUGGAAAGUUUGUCGCACGACAAAUAUAAUAUCAGACUAAGGCGGAGAAACAAUGCGUUACUUAGCUUAUCGCAUUAGUCGCGAGUCUCGCUACACUUUUACGCGAUUGUCAUUACUCCAUCUGGGUCAAAGUCUGUUAAUCCGACGCUCAGGACAGACGCGACAAUCCGCGGGGAAGAUAAUGUAUCUCGAAACACGUACCUGCGCUUCGCGGCGAUGUGCUCGCGCUUUAACCGCGAUUACACCGCAGUUUCCCUUUAACACCUGGAAUCCGGCCUGCACGUGAAACUUUAAGCCGCGCCGUACUCUUUAAUCCGUAUCACCCGAUUAAAAAUGUUUACCCUGAGAUAAUUCCAAGGUCUCGCUCGCUUUAAUGCGCGGCGAUAAGCCGAGAGAUAAGGGCGCGCGAUUUCCUUUCGAUCGACGGUUCAACAAUGACUGUGAGCAACAGUUAUAAUCACAACGAGAGUAAUUGCCGGGAGAGGUAACGUCGUAACGGAGCGCAAACAGCCAUCAAUGCUAAUGUCAGUGAUGACGAUAAUUAAACGGCAGCGAUGGAGUAACGUCGGAUAAUGGUCGCGCUAAUGCCUCGAGGUUCGCAGUCCGGACUCUUUCACCGCCCGGCGAGUAUCCCGAUGUAAUAACAACUAGAAUACAGUAUCGGCCGUUGAGACGAUACACGAGAAGGGCAAUGUGAGCCGUCACCUGAUUCAAGGGCCCGGCCAACCGAUCGACAUGACGCCGUCACCCUACGUCUCUCGCAUAAAUCAAAUCGACGCCGCUCAGCUGGACACGGAGAUCUACAAGGUACUGAGGAACCAGGCCAGGGAGAUCGCCAGGUACGGCGCGCCCGGCAAGCUCGACAAAUGGCAGGCGGAGGUGGACGCCGUCCUGAAGCUGCUGAUCUGGAAGUUCUCGCUGCAACGAGGCUCCUCCACGUUCGGCCAGCGACUGCUCAAUCUGCACUACGCCAACAUCGAUCAGCGGAAAGCCGUGCUCUACCUGAUUCUGAGCGUCCUCCCGCAGUACCUGGGAGAGAAAUUGGCCGGCGAGAAGCUGUCCGGACGCGGCGCGACCGGCAGCGCGCUCAAGUCGCUCGUCGAGUGGACGACGAACGCGAUCAGUCUCCUCGAGGUGGUCAAUCUGCUGUUCUUCCUCCAUCGGGGCGUGCAGCCGCGCGUGAUCGAGUUCCUGCUGGGCCUGUCCAGUCAGUCGAUAACGACCCACCGACCUAGAAUCAUCGGUUACUCGUACAUGACGAGGGAACUGCUCUGGCACGGUCUGAUGGAGCUCUUCACCGUCGGCAUACCCAUGAUAAACUUCCACUGUCUGAGGCACGCGGUGACGAGGCUCUGGCGGCGAGCGGAACCGUCGAGCGGCCUGUUCCCGGUGAUGAACGCCGCGACCAAGUGCGCCUACUGCCGCGAGGACCCGAUCCUGCCGUCGCACGCCGGCUGCGAGCACCUGUUCUGCUACUACUGCCUGCGGGCGCACUUCACCGCGACCAGCGCCUUCCAGUGUCCCGUCUGCGACGCGGAGCUGCGCGGCGAAGAUAUGAAGAGAUACGCGGUCGCGAGCGCACCUCGGAGCGACGACGGCGAGGAGGAGUCGGACGAUAGCUUCGAGAAGGUGGACGAUGGAUAGGCGCGGAGGUACACUCUUAUAUUUUCAGUUUUAGUUUAAUGCGUCUCGAUGCCUCCAAGUGACGACGUGGUUUUGUGCUGGACGCGAGUCACGGUUUACCUGAACUGCCUCUGCCAGUGAAAACGACUGUAUGUUGUGCGCGACAACGUGUUAAUUCCGCAACGAGCAUUUUUUAAUCGAACGAGAGAAAUAUGUCGCGAAAUAGCGACGAGUCAAAUAAGUGCGACGAUAAUCUCGUUACGUCGACGUUAAUUAAAUCCUCCCGGAGUAAUAUAUUAAACAUAAUAAUUAAUAAAGAAAGAGACUCGCCUCUGAUCGCCGCGUCGACUUGUCGCGCGAAGGGGUGCACGCGUGUGAUAUUAAUAUUUUGUUUUUAUUAAAAAUGGCAAUAUACAAAAUCUUCUUUAUUCUUCACUUCAAUACAACAAAUCCCGAUUUCAGGCGACUCCGACAUUCUCGCAUUUCCUACUUUCUUUCAUCCGAAACAAACAAUAAUAGAUCAAUAUAUACUCUCUUGGCUCUUAUAUCAAAAUUAGAUUAGAUUAUAUCAUAUAAAAAUAUUAUGCUGCGCUGUAUAUUAUAAAACGCUUCAUCUGCCGCCGCGCAGGUCGAUGGAUCGAUCGUUUUACAUGCAAUAAUGACACAUUCAUCGAUUAAUUUAUCAUUCAGUUGCUGCACCUGCGCUCGAUGGGCGGGCACGUCCCCGGACUUGUUACACGAGAAACAACAUUAUAAACACUAUAGCACAGAAAGAGGGGGAAAAAACGCGAAACACAUACACAUAAAUUAACACUUUCCAUCCGCCUCUCCUACGACACUACAAAUUUCAUUUGAAUCCGAACUCCUACCGCCUUUCCCUGGAAUGUAUGAUUUAUAGUACGAGUAUAGCGCAGUUUCGAAAUCCCUUCUCGAAGGAUCGGGCUGUUACUUUACUUCCUGAGGUAUCCGCGUUUACAUUUGCGCUCCACUCUAGCGAGACGCGCGGGAAGCGCGUAUUAAAUUGCACAAUUCUAUUUCUUUUUUCGCAUUCCACGUAGCGCCUUUUGCGCGUGUGUAUCGCGCGCGCGCGCGCGUUGGUUUUUGAAAUUAAUUUCAAUUUCUAGGCGUUUACGUUUCUCAAAGUUGCCACUUUUACCACUUCUCCCCUCGGGCGAACUCGUCGACUAUUCUCCGCACUCCCUGCCGGCGCUUCAGCGACGACACCGAAGAGCGCGUCUUUCGCCACCGAGGAGUCUGCGAUUUUUACGUUGAUCUCGCCAAGCGGGAAAACAGUUUCCUGAUAUUUCGAGUAUGAAAGAGAGAACACGAUAGUGCGAGGCAUUUAUACUUAUCGAUAUACGGUUGGCGCAUGGCGCCAUUACAGCUGCUGAUUUACGGCGGUAUCGCGUCUUGGACGAGAUCGGUAUAUUUCCCGAAUAGCUUGCGUUUCACAAUUUUUCGAGCUUGUCAGUCUGGUGAGAUAAGGUGUGAUGUACUGUGUACAAAAUUGAAAGAUUCGAUGCUAACGCGCGAUACCUGUCUCGCAAUAUCCUUUUUAAAGACCCGAGAAAAUUAAUAAAGUUGAGGAAAUUCAAUAUCAGUCGGAAGAGACUUAAUUCCGGCAAAUUGGAUUAAUUCACUUCAAAUUUGACGAGUAUUUGAAAUUUUAAAUGGAAAUUGUAAUUGGCUGAAAUUUCCGCAGCUUUGAGAUUAAUUUUCGGAAAGUUUUUAAAAGUGGAUUAGAUCUCGCUAAACCCUCCCUGAUCGAAGAGUAUCUUCAAAUUUUACAAGUAAUCGCAAAUCUACCGUUGAAACGAAGAAAAAUCGUUGCGCAACGAUUGCAGCCCGUGGACUCGGCAUCUUUCCGAGAUUCUCAGUGGUCUGUUAUUUCUUUUUUCCCUUUGUUAAAUCCAUGAAUCAUGUUUCAUGGAAAUUUAGAACCAAGGGAAAUGAACGUCACUAAAGACGCCGGAAGUUAAAACGGAUUGAUCCAUAAUUUCAGCAAAAUUCUCAAAUGUCGAAUUAUAUUUGAAGUCAAUCCCACGAAUUACAAGCUUAAUCCACUUUAACUCCGAGCGAUUCGUACAAAUCGUAUGCCGAAUGAGUUAGGGAAAUGGCGAGUCCACAGUUUGCUCUAAUGAAACAAUGAUUCGCAGCGUUUUCUCUGCCCCGGUUUCCGACGCAAAGACACAGCAAGGAAAAAGUAUGCUUGCGAUACGCAAUUUACAAGAUUUACAGCGCAUUCUCGUAAACGCAACGGAAUCAUCCGAGUCGCGUAAAUUUCAUCAUCACACGGGCGCGAGGUCGGGGCGCGAUUGCGACUAUACGCAUAAGCUGAUUCUGGGCUGACGUUAUCCCCGUUUUUCCUUUCUUUUUCGAGAGAGAGAGAAGGAGACAGAGAGAAGUAAUGUCAUGUUAUUUGCUGUAUGCAAAAAAUGUCAAGUGAAUAGGGACUAGAGAAAAGUGAUAGUGAACCAAAAAAAACCUGGUUUUACAGUUUGGAGAUGUAUCUUCUCUCUUCCCGACGUAAAUCAAUUCUCGUUAAUUCUCGUUAACCGAAACGCUCGAGAACACUAAGAAACUCUUCGUUUGUCGUCGUCGUCGUUGUUCUCCUCGCACGCGCAUUUCCCUCUCUUUUUAACGCUAAUUUCCGCGACUAUACCUAUUUUAUACCCGUAUACGCUAAACCUUUGCACGGGAACAGUGCGUUAUUCACGUAGGAACAUUGACGGAUUUCUUCUUAGGACUAGACGAGAGAAACCGUCGAUUAUUGGCUGGCGAAGGGACGAUCUUCACCGUAUGGUACGCAGGGUGUUACCACCUCGAAUUCCUUGCUCGCAUAUCUUCGAAAAUCGCAAAUACAGAGAACAGGCGUCGGGAGAGGAGGCGGGGGAAAAAAAUUGUCGAGAUCCGAGAGCGCUCCUUGCCUCUCUGUUACUUUCGAGAAAUUUCACUCUUCGAUCGAAUUUUUUUUCCUUCGACCCUCCCGCGCUUUUCAAGUUCCUGGAUUCCGAGGCACCCUGUCGUAAGGAACGAAAUGCCAACGACUUUCGAACGAAUGCUCGUUAGACUCGAGGACGCUUGCGCUGCUUCGUUGAUUCACGAUUAUGCGUACGUGUACAUUUUAUCCGCAGCGACAAUGAAUAUAUAUAUAUAUAUAUAUAUAUAUAUAUAUUACACAUGAUACUCGUUCAGUCGCGCACACUUCAUGCUUACAUUUGCUCUCCUCGGCGAUUAUCGUUUCGCAGCCCUUUACCGAUCAGAACUCUUUUAAUGGAUAACGAUCAUCGCUGCCAGAAAAGAAAAACGCUAUCUUUUGCCCCUUAUAAGGGGAUGCAGCCCUUAAGGCGGGCUUAAUUGCAGGGGCAAUUGGAUAAAGGUGAUAUGCGGCAUUCAGACAACGUAAAAAUUUAAAGAACCUUGUGAAAAUUGUUCAAAGAGAUCUGCAUUUUUCCAAGUGGAAAAAAUCUAUCUUAAGUUUAAAGCUUUUCUAAACGUCUUUUAAUCUCUUCUGAAACUUACAAUCGUACUAAUUGUCGCUAUCGAUGAGAUUUAACGAAAGUGAAAAUCUUUAAAAGUUAUGCCGUCACAAAUAUAAUAACGAAUAUCCCUGAUACUACCGUAAGAAGGUACAACGGUAUUCGCAACUUCUGCCCAAGUUUUAGAAUUUUGUUGUUAAAAAUUUCACAAUUUUUCCGCUCGAGCAGUUAACUGCUGACGAGACUUUUGUAGAUAUUGAAAUAUUGAAUUUCACGGAUUAUUCUCUUAAGCGGUAAAAUUGUCAAAAUGUAUAGAUUAUUUUGUAUGACAUUAUUUGUUAACGCGUUAACGAGCUUUCGCGGCAUAUCAUCUUCAUCUACUUGUUCUUGCAAUUGUUAUCAUACAAUCCUCGUGACAAUCGGAUUGCACGAGCGCUCCAGAGAAUCUUGGGAGCUCUCUAUUUUAGAUCGUCGUUAUUAUCACCGUUGAGCGAAAAAAAAA